UUUCCCACUCACACCAACGGAUGAUAGUAGGUUAACAGCGGCGCUGACUCUGCAGGCGACGCGUCCCCGCCUCCCGUUUUACGCUCCCCGUUAUGACUGCUGUGCUGUGCGUGCCUAGCCUGCCGGUGCUCUGUGCGUGCGUGGAUGGGGCUGCCUGAGAGGGAGAGAGUGAGCCGUAUGCUGUGGCUUAUCCUUGUCUUAUGCGGAUUUCACCACUGACUGAUUGCCCGAGCAGCUCGCAUCCUCCGGGGUAAACCGGGAUUUAUCCGCUGACAUCCCCAUUCAGGGAUCCCCAGAAACACUGUGUUCGGCUCUACUCUCACGUUUAGCGGGUAGGGGUGUGGGGAGGAUCGUUGUGGUUGCCCUGCUUAGCCGAUCCCAGCGGGGUAAUAUCGACGCUGAGGAUUGGGAGCGGAGAAAAGCAGAGAGGCGAGGAUGAUCAGUGGAGAAGACGAGAGAUGAGCGAUGGACAAGGUAAGGCGCACGGUGUUGGAAUGACCGGGAGACGGUCCUGGGGCUGUCUGGCUGACAAUUCUCUUAAGUGUGUGUAGCCUUUAUACAUGCACGUUACAUGUAGCCUUCUGAGAUAUAAUACCAACCGACGUCUAGGAGGCAACUCAGCACAGUAGCCGGACUGUGCCACACAUGGCAACCCGCACAGGGAACCCACCGCAAAAGGGAACGCUGGGUCACGCAUUAUACAGACCGACCACGGGCGCACACUGCUCUCCAUCCCUACUUGAAAAAAUACAGUAUACACCUGAUUCCACAGCACGCAUGCGCAUCCUGAAACGUGGCGUAAGUUCUUCGUGUUUGAGCACUUUGACGCAUCUGUCCGAAUAACGUCAAUAAACCUGACUAUUUUAGUCUGUGUGGUAAAAGUGGCUGGGCUCAGGCCUAAGUAGAUUUUUCUAAGUGAUCAUUUUGAUAAGAUUUUUGAAGUUAUUCGUGUAAAACAGACAACUGCCUCAAUGGAGAUCAGAGAAUCACGACUCGAGUUGAUGAUUUCAUCAGGGGCGUCCUGUAACUCCUGACAGAGAAGAAGAGCCUUCAUUUCAGUAGCUACCUCUCCUCUCCUCUUUCCAUCCACACUCCCCCUUUCACACCCUUGUUUGCUUUUACGUUUUAUCCCUCCACAACUCCAUCAUCUGUCACCAUGACAACCUCAGCCCUGCGCCGGCAGGUGAAGAAUAUUGUGCACAACUAUUCAGAAGCAGAGAUCAAGGUUCGCGAGGCCACUUCCAACGAUCCAUGGGGCCCGUCCUCCUCUCUCAUGUCCGAGAUUGCCGACUUGACCUUCAACGUGGUGGCGUUUGCUGAGGUCAUGGGCAUGGUGUGGAAACGCCUCAACGACAGCGGCAAGAACUGGAGACACGUUUACAAGGCUCUGACUCUGUUGGAUUACCUGCUGAAGACGGGAUCGGAGAGAGUGGCUCAACAGUGCCGUGAGAACGCCUUCACCAUUCAGACGCUACGUGACUUCCAGUACAUAGACCGUGAUGGCAGAGACCAAGGGGCCAACGUGAGGGAAAAAUCACGGCAGCUGGUGUGUCUCCUCCGAGAUGAGGAGCGGCUACGCCAGGAGAGGAGUCAAGCCCUUAAGACCAAGGAGCGAAUGGCUGGGGGAGGCAGCGGAGGGUGCGGAGGAGUGUACGGAGGUAUACCCCCGUCUUACCACCCAGGCAGGCGAACAAGUCAACCCAGCAUGGCUGUGCUGUAUGGGGAGGAGCUCAGCCGCUCCAGAGGCUCUCCGUGCUCCUUUAACUCCUCAUCCUCAUCUCCUCGCGCCACCUCAGACUUGGAGCAUGCUCGACCUCAGACUAGCGGUGAGGAGGAGCUGCAGCUCCAGCUGGCCUUAGCCAUGAGCAGGGAGGAGAGUCAGAAGGAGCAGCACUGUCACCAAGGAGACGAGUCUCUGUUACAGAAGGCCCUGGAUGAGAGCCGGGGAGAGAGUCAGUCAAGGACAGGCGAGUCAGCCAUGUUGGACCUGGUGGACAUAUUUGGUUCUUCAUCGGAGCCCCUGCCUCCCCCUAGUGACCCAUGGAACUCAGCCCAGCCCACCUGUGAUAUCUCCUCUGACCCCUGGGACAUUGUAGCAGUCCACUCAAGUACUCCUGUGAUUGGUAGCCCUUGGACGGCCCCUCCCUCCUCUUCCAACACAUCCAAUCCUUGGGCUCCAUGUUCCAACUCACGCAAAGACCCCUGGGACACAGUGCCUGUCUGCUCCAGUCCUGUCAAUCAUGUGUGGGACGGCUCAACAGAUGGAGGUGUUGAUGGGUAUGAGCCAUUCACUGCACAGGAUGAGGACAAGCCUAAAAAGGAGCUUCCUCGAGUGUCCUCCCCUCAGCCUGUCAGUCCCACAGAUGUUGAGCUGUUUGGGGUAAAGCCAGACUCUGACCCAUUUGCUGGAACAGACUCCAAGAUACAUCCAUUUGGAACAGAGCCUGCAGUGAAACCCCAGGUGAAUGGACGAGAGUCUGCUAGCCCAGAGAUGUUUGACCUGUCCCGGCUGGCGCCUCCACUCAGUGUGCCACCUACACGUGUGUGUCGGACCCCAGAGGCCUUCCUGGGACCUACAGGGACCUCACUGGUCAAUUUAGAUGCCCUGAUACCCCCCAACCACCCUAGCAAGAUUCACAACAACCCAUUUCUCUCAGGUCUGAGUGCGCCGUCUCCCACAAACCCAUUCCACUGCGACCAGCCUCGCCUCACCCUCAACCAAAUGCGACCAGCCUCUACAUCCCCGUUGCCUCCCCACAUGCUCUCCUACAGCCCCUCCCUGCCUCUUCCUCUCACCCAUCAGCCACCUAUCCUCCCCUCCUCUUUCACACAACCUCCUGCCAGAGUCCGAGACCUUCCCUCUAACCUCCCGAAGCCCUUGCUUCCCCUUUCUCCACGGCCGCCACCCCACACUCAGUUGCAGACAGAAACACAUGGCCACAACCCCUUCCUCUGAGACUCCUGCAUCCUUUGAACUCUGUUCUACUGAGGGAGGUGACAGACUCAGUCUCUGCUCACUACAGUGAGACGAAUUUAAAUGAGCCUGAACCGGAUCCUGGUUUGAUGUCAUUGUGCACACUUGAAGUGGAUUAAACUUGGACUCGACGUACUCGUGUCUGUCUACAGACACGUUAGCUGCUAUAUAACCUGAACUCUUGAAGAAAAGCUAACUCACACAUACACACGCACACACACACAAACAUGCACUCAGGUGCACUUCAGGGUGCAUAUACACACACCACACAACUAACAGGGUGUAAUUUAACAAUCCCUUCUAUGUCUGUUCCUCAACAACUCUGAGCACCCUUUGACCUCAGAGACCUUUUGAAGACUGGGAUGAAGCCACACACUUUGAUUGUCCACCAGGAUCCUUACCGCUGCUGCUUCACCGACAAAAGCAUGAAUGCAUCCCCCACACCUUCUAUACCCCCGAAGACACCAAACUAUUCAAUUGUGCUGAGUACUUGAGAUGAGUUCUUCAAAUAAAUUCUGUUUAUUUGAUGAGUCAGACAGUACCUUGAGCUUUCUUGGCACAACUGCAUGGCUGGAAAUGGAUCUAAAAGUUUGUUGGAUUCAAGAACACCAUGAACACCACUAAACCAAUCUAAGCUAGACCUUACUGUGUCAAUCUGGACCUAAACUGAUCAUUCAUUUUACGCUGUCGGACCUGUGUGCCUGUCUUUACAGCUGACAAACAAUGCACUCCUGGCUGGGUCGUAUUGGCGGCACUGAGGAGGACCUCAGGGAGACUGAUCUGACGCUCCUGCAAUGAGAUUUAACUUCAGUGAAUGGAAGGGCAUUUAUUUACAGAAAAAACAAAAUGGGGAGCUCAGCGGCUUAAUUUUAGAUGAAGGGUGAUGAGAACAGAUUGGGGAGGGAGGGUUAAUGAAAGUUUAAUAUGAAAAAGAUAAAAUGACAGAAGAUGAACUGAUGUAUAGAGCGGUAGCUCCAUUCCUCUGCUCGACAGGAUCUGUGACAAGAUUUUUGGUCAUCACUGCACUAAGUGGAUUUGAACGCCUGCCUAAUAGAUACACACAGGCUUAGUACAUAUGUAUUUAACAGAAUGAUACCUAUACAGUAUUAUAAAAUA